AUGGCUAGGGUAUUCGGCUCGGAGUUUAGAGUUCGAUCCCCUGUGCCGUGUUGUGUUCUUGAUCAAGACGCUUUAUUUCUCGUUGGUCCAAUUCAUUCAGCAAAUAAAAUAAAAAAAGGUGUUGUACCUGAGGUUCAACGGAUACACUGUGUCGCAGUUUGGUUCCAGAACAGACGUGCCAAAUGGAGAAAACGGGAGCGGUACGGCCAGCUACAAACAAUGCGAGCAAUGGCAACAAGUCACGGCUAUGAUAUUUCGAUACAGACCAGACCAGACACGUACCCUCAGAUCCAAAAUAGCGUCUGGCCAAACAAAUGCAUUGCUUCAAACCAGCUUACAAUCUCCAGUUCUUGUAUGGCCCCUCACACUGAUCUCCCAAGCUUUAUGGGUCUGGCAAACCCUAGCCAUUUACAACCAGCCUCACACCAAUCUCGAUCUCAAGUACCAUCCGUCCAGACACAAACCUCCACAUUUUUCAACAAUAAUAUACCAAUCAGAGUAAUGGACCCCUGUUCAGAGACUGAGCGACGCAGUUCAAGCAUUGCUUCUUUACGGUUGAAGGCCCACGAGCAUAGUGUUGCCAUGGGAAUAUUAAGUGUUUACAGUAAGUGAUUGGACUGUUAUCACUGCAAUAUUUUUGAAAGGGAAAAAAAAUUACCAUUAAAAACAUUUGUUGAGCUGCUCCAAGGUGAAAUUCGAACCUUGAACCGCUCUCUCUCUCUCGAUUAUUGCUUCAACUUUGUUAACCAAUUGUCAUUUCUGAGGAUCUAGACCAGGUGUUUUCAAACACUGCGCCGCGGUAGGACGCUAGUGUGCCACCAAUGUGUCGCGAGUUUUUAAAGAGAGUCGAAAAAUGUUCGGACAUUAGGAAAAUUUGGGGUGUUUUUUUUAUGCACCACACCGGUGUAUAUGUGUAUUUGUGGCAAAGUGCAAAGUGCAUACACCCGUUUCGGUUUUAAAACAAUUUUAGAACUAGUUAUG